AGACCCUUCAUUUUCUCCUUCAAAAUCAUUCUAACUUGCUCAUUAGAACCAGCCCUUUUCCUUUCUCAACCCACUCAUGGAUGCUGCUCAAUGGCCUAAGGAUGUUAGAAAUAAUAAUGGAAGCUACAAUCAAGUUCAAGAAAGAAAGAUAAAGCCACAACAUGAACAAGCUCUCAACUGUCCAAGAUGCAAUUCAACCAACACCAAGUUCUGUUACUACAACAAUUAUAGCUUAACUCAACCAAGAUACUUCUGCAAAGGUUGCAAGAGGUAUUGGACUAAAGGUGGGUCCCUCAGAAGCGUUCCUGUUGGUGGCGGCUCAAGAAAGAACAAGAGAUCGAUAGCGUCUACUACUUCUACCUCAUCAUCCAUGCCAAAACCAAUUGAUCUCUCACAGUUUUCUUCCCAAAAUUUCACUACCCAUGAAGGUCAAGAUCUUAACUUAGGUUUCCAAGCCACACAAGAAGAGUAUCACCAUGGUUUCUCUCAAUUCCUAAAGCUACCAAAGAUCGAAAAUAGCAAUGCUACUUUUUUAUCUUCUUCUUUGGCUUCUAGUACUUUGGGUUCAGUUUCAGCGCAAGAUUUUCUUAGGGCUAGAACGCCGUCUGAUGGCUUAAAUUCUUUUAGCACAACAGAUACCACAAUGUUCAACGAAACAAGAUUCAGUCUUCAAGACUUCAAGCCAACGAUGGGUUUCCCAUUUCAAGGGAAUGGAAUCAAGUAUGGAAAUUUUCAAGGAAACCAAGAAGAUGGUGAAAGAAUCAUGUUACCCUUUGGAGUGUUGAACCAACAACAUUCAUCAAGGGAGAAUAAUCAAAAUAUGGGACAGGGGAAUUCAACUGGAUACUGGAACGAGGCAUUGGGUGGGGGUUCGUCAACAUUGUAUAAUUGAAGCUUAAUUUUUCAAGUGGAUUUGAAGUCUGGGUUUGAAUUUCUUUUGCGAGAUAAAUUUAUAAUGUUUCCUCAUGUUGGAUUCCUUCAAUUCUUCACAUGGAAUUCAACAGUCAUAUUACUUAGAUCUGUAGCUUGUACUUACAGUUAGAUGAUGAUUACACAACUGGUAUUAGUGUGUAUCUUUAGAGUACUUACAAUUAGAUGAUGAUGAUGACACAAUUUGCAUUAAGUGUGUAAUCUUUGGAGUCAGAGUUUGAGGUUUUCGGGUUAUGAGCAAUCUUUUUCAAACAAUACAAGUGUUCUCUUUUC